UUGUUAUAACAUAUAUACAUACACAUCAAUAUAAGCUGUUAAAAGAGGUAGAGAGAUCAUCAGAGAAUGUCACAGAAGAAGUUCAUAGUCCAGGUGGAGCCCGCGGUAGCGGUGAAAGACGGAACUCCAUCAAUGGGACCGGUUUACCGGAGUGUGUUUGCUAAACACGGUUUUCCGGCUCCGGUUGACGGUUUGGAAUCCUGUUGGGAUAUUUUCCGCUUGUCAGUUGAGAAAUACCCCGAUAACCCAAUGCUUGGUACCCGUGAAUUCGUGAAUGGAAAGCAUGGAGCAUACAAAUGGUUGACUUACAAACAAGUAUAUGACAAGGUGAUACACGUUGGAAAUGCUAUCCGUUCAUGUGGCGUCGAGCCUGAGGGACGGUGUGGGAUUUAUGGUGCCAAUUGUGCAGAAUGGGUUAUAAGCAUGGAGGCAUGUAAUGCUCAUGGGUUGUAUUGUGUACCUUUAUAUGAUACCUUAGGUGCUGAUGCAAUCGAAUUCGUUAUUUGUCAUGCUGAGGUUACAAUAGCUUUUGCAGACGAGAAAAAGAUCUGCGAGUUGUUAAAAGUAAUUCCCAAGGCUAGAGAACAUCUGAAAACAAUUGUGAGCUUUGGGAAAGUUACCCUUGUACAAAGAGAACAAGUUGAAAAGUUUGGUUUGGCAAUUCAUUCAUGGGAUCAGUUCUUGUCAUUGGGUGAUGAUAAAAACUUCAACUUGCCACUAAAGAAGAAAAGCGACAUUUGUACCAUAAUGUACACUAGUGGAACGACUAGUGAUCCAAAGGGUGUACGGAUUUCCAACAACUGCAUGGUAACGCUUAUCGCUGGUGUCAAUCAUCUGCUGGAUAGUGCACAAGUAUCAUUAAACACAAACGACGUCUAUCUCUCGUUUCUACCUCUGGCACAUAUAUUUGAUCGGCUGAUUGAGGAAUGUUUUUUCAAUCAUGGGGCGUCUAUAGGAUUUUGGCGUGGGGAUGUUAAAAUGCUGAUUGAAGACAUAGGGGAGCUGAAACCUACUAUUUUCUGUGCUGUUCCUCGAGUUUUGGAAAGAAUUUAUUCAGGUUUACAACAGAAAAUUUCUGCUGGCGGUUUUAUCAAACGCAACUUAUUUAAUCUGGCGUAUUCAUACAAGUUACGUAAUAUGAACGCAGGGAUAGAACAUUCAAAGGCAUCUCCUCUUAGUGAUAAAAUCAUCUUUAGCAAGGUUAAGCAGGGGCUUGGAGGGCGAGUGCGGAUUAUUCUAUCUGGUGGUGCUCCACUAGCUCCACAUGUAGAAGCUUACCUGAAAGUAGUCACAUGCUCUCAUGUCCUUCAAGGAUACGGCCUGACAGAAACCUGUGGUGGAUCAUUUGUCUCGAUGCCAAACGAAAUGGAUAUGUUGGGUACAGUGGGCCCACCGAUUCCAAAUUUGGAUGCCCGUUUGGUGUCUGUUCCCGAGAUGAAUUAUGAUGCACUUUCAAGCAAACCGCAAGGGGAAGUAUGUAUACGAGGGGACGUUCUAUUUGCAGGUUACCACAAGCGUGAAGAUCUUACAAAAGAAGUUUUAGUCGAUGGUUGGUUCCAUACAGGCGAUAUUGGUGAGUGGCAACCAGACGGUAGCAUGAAAAUUAUUGACCGCAAGAAAAACAUUUUCAAGCUCUCUCAAGGAGAAUAUGUGGCUGUUGAAUAUCUAGAGAAUGUUUAUGGACUUGUUCCCGACAUUGAUGCGGUGUGGAUAUAUGGGAACAGCUUUGAGUCUUGUCUUGUUGGUGUUGUGAACCCGCAUAAACAAGCGAUAGAACAUUAUGCAGAAACUCAUAAUAUUUCUGGGGAUUUUGAUUCCUUAUGUGAAAACCCCAAGAUUAAAGAAUACAUACUGGGAGAGCUCAAUAGAAUUGGAAAAGAGAAAAAGUUAAAAAGUUUUGAAUCUGUUAAAACUGUUCAUCUUGACCCGGUCCCUUUCGACUUGGAACGUGACCUUCUGACCCCAACAUUUAAGAAGAAGCGACCUCAGAUGCUCAAAUAUUACCAGAAUGUAAUUGAUAACAUGUACAAGACUAUAAACAAAAGGUGAAUCACGACAUAGAUAUGAUAUCUUCUUCUCUCUAUUUGGCUAACGGUUCAUUAUCAUCUUUAGCGCGAUUCUCUAUCUGUUUUGCACCCUAUAUUUUUUUCGGUAUGCGAUUGUACAUUUGUGUUAUAUGUAAUAUAAUCUUUUAAUGUAAAAUAAAUCUUGUUUUUUUGUACAUAAAAUAACUAUAAGAAAUGUUAAUUAGUGGUGAU